AUGAGCUGGAACUCACAGAUGGAAGUUCAUUAUCCAAACCAUGCCAUGCCUUCUAAUUCGAUGGGAAGCUUUGUGGAUAUUUUUGGAGGUCUUACCUAUGAUUACGGAAAUUUCGUUUUUGCAGAUGCUCCUUUUCAGGAGAGUUCUUAUGCAGCAGCAAAUACUAAUUUGUACAAAUACGCGGUUUCCGAACCUGGAAGUUUCUCAUUCUAUGAAUAUUGGCCAGGUUAUGUGGUAAAUGAUCAAAUGACAGGAAUUGAUGAAUAUAACAAGCAUUUGCAAAGCCCUUCAUCUGUGGCUGAUGAUCAGGCUACAGUUUCACAUGUGAAUCGGGAAGGACAUUCGAGCUACACUUCACAUGAUGAUCCUUUGGAGUGUCCACGGAAUCAUCAGAAUACUCGUGAUUAUGAGAUUGUUUGGCAAGACAACAUUGACCCUGACAACAUGACAUAUGAGGAGUUACUUGAGUUGGGUGAAUCAGUUGGAAAUCAAAGCAGGGGUCUUUCUCAAGAACUUAUUGCAUUGCUCCCAAUAUCAAAGUUCAAGUGUGGUUUAUUCUCGAGAAAGAGAUUUAAAGCUGAAAGGUAA